AUGCUCUGGACCUGCCACAUCUUCACUCAUCCCACAAUUGGGUAUAGUCUGUUUUUUCUUACCUAUGGCCGCCAUUCUGUCCUUCCUGAAGACCCUUGUGUAGUGGCAGACCAGACCGUUGACCAACUGGAGAAUGUCGGUAGGGCCAGAAAAGCUGCCGAGUUACGCAUGAGUGACAUGAGUUCAAAAUGCAAGGGAAAAUGGGAUGCCGUGAUUAAGAAAGCGACAUUCGAGGUUGGUGAUCGUGUUAAUCUCACACACGAAGGACAUUCUGGUUUGGAACCACGAUUGAAAGGCGCGUUUAUUGUGAUGAACAAAAAAGGACAAGUAUGUUACGUAUCGGCUCAAAAGCAUGGAAGGCAAACCACUCGCAUCCUUGACACAUGGUACAACCCAGCUGCCUCUCAUUUGGCAUGGCGCGUUGUUAUGCGACUAUUGGAUUGGGAAAUUAUUGAUGACGUUGGUGCUUGUGGACGAUCACAAAACCAGAAAGGGGGUGUUCAAAAGAACAAAUUCAAGGACAAGGGCUUAAUCUCAGUACUUCGUAGCAACAAAAGUCACUCGAACACUUACAAUACCCCGUCAGUUACACGCUGCUUGCAUUGUAUGAGCAACACAUAUAGUAUGGUUUCCAGCAUCAGCUCUGGCUUAUGGUUGUUUAGCCAUUUCCCAACCAAUGGGGGCUUCACAGCAUUUACUGUAAAGCCUAAUCCCAUACUAUGGUUAAAGAGCAAUAAGAGCAGUGGUUUCUCAUUGGCGCCGAAGCUCCCACUUAUCUGUACCCCUUAUGUCUUUUUACCAAGUCAAGCUCAACAAGGCCAGGAAGAAAAUCGUGACCACAGUUCCCCCUUCAGGUACGGUGCCGUCGCCAACACGGACAAAGUGCCCGUGUCCAUACGGUCAAACGGUUCGACACCAAGUCGCUCUACUAAAGAGAGGUACCAGGUAGUGGGGUAUCCCCUAAAAACUCCCUUGAUCCACCGGGAUGAGACUGAAGCCGUUGGUCAUACCACUCGGGCCGGCUUCGGAUGCAUUAUACUAGGACAUAUAGUCCUUGAUGGCUCCUACUUCCUGUAG